AUGUCACGUGAUAUCGUCUUGAGCUACGAGUCGCAUGAUCUCAUGGCGUUGCCACACGUUGAGGCGCGACAGUUGGAAAUGUUUUUACCGAAAGUUAACGAGCACAACAGGUUGGAAUUGGAUCUUCUAGAUGCACACUUGUUUGCAUUUCCUGAAGAAAUAUGUGAGACGAGCGGACUGGAGGUAUUGAAACUUUGUACAGACCACAUACACUCUAUACCCGAAGGCAUUGCCAAACUGAGGAAACUAGAAGAAAUUCAUUUGCAUACAAGUGAUUACCACAAUUCCAGAACUUCCUACUUCUCACGGCGGCUUCCAGCCAUUGGUGUCCAGGAGGUCCCAACUGUUGUUUCUCUUCUUCCAUGUCUCAAGGUUUUGUCUGUGUGUGGUAACCGUGGCAAUCCAUUGCUGUUUGAUGAGCUAAUGUCAUGUCAACUGCCCAGUACUCUUGUGGAAGUGGAAAUGGUGGCAUGUGGUUUGGCACAAGCAACUUUGUCUAUGAUCUGCAACAAUGUGAAACUGUGCAAAGUGAAUUUAGCACACAACUAUCUGCAGUCUUUCAAAUAUUGCAACACAGAGAUGAUAAGAGAGGCAACAGUCUUGAAUGAUCUAGAAGAGCUGAAUUUGCUAUAUUUGGCCAAAUGUGCUUAUUUGAUGUCAUAUGGGGAAGAUGUGAGAGAAGUUUUGUACAGUUUGGGAGCUGGGAUGGCAAAGCAAAGGCUAAUUUUGGAGGGAAGCGUGAGUAGUCGAGGGGAGUAUUGUGAAGUCAAAAUUGAGCAAGUCGACAUAUCAGGAACUUCAGUCACUCAUCUUCCUAAGGAAUUUGUCUUUAGCUCCAGACUUAAGGAAUUGUUCGUUGAUGGAUGCCCAUUAGUGUUUCCACCCAUUGAAGUGUGCAAGCAAGGCAUUCGUGUUAUAAGAGAAUAUUUCCGUGAGCUGGAUAAGGUGGGUGGAGUGCGACGUGGCAGAAUAAAGAUUCUAGUGAUGGGAACUACAAUGGCAGGAAAAACAAGCUUCGUUAAAGCACUGGAGAGUGGUAAACCAUUUCUGGCAGAACCCGAUGAGAGAACUAUAGGGAUAGUAGAAAAAGUGAUGAAGCUGGAUGAUAAAAUAGAAUGCAAACUCCUUGACAGUGGUGGCCAUAGAGCGUACAUGCUAACUAACCAGCUGUUCAUCAGUGACAAUUCAUUGGUAUUGAUUGUUGUUGACAGCAAUCAGUAUAAGUUUACUGAACAAUGUUUUCGACAAAAUAUUGCAGAUUUCCUGCAAGUUGUGUAUGACAGAAACAGCAGAGCUCACAUUGCUAUUGUUGUGAGUAAAGUUGAUCUGAUGGUCGACACGUCAAGAGAAGAAAUGAGUAGAAAGUGGAGUGAACAUCUGCACACUCGUCUACGUCAAUUCUUGAAGAUCAGACAAGCUGAGAUUGAUCGAAUGAAACGAAUCAUUGCAACUGGUGGUUCUCCAAAGAACAAAUACGUAUCAGAACGUCUUCACUUUUUCGACUUUCAGCGAAUAACUGUUGAAGAAAAUGUGCUAUUGACGAGUGCAGCUACACACGAGGGUGUUGUGAGUGUGAAGGUUCAUCUAAGAGAACUGUGUGGUAAUGAAAGGCUGAUGCCUUCACUGCACACAGAGCUGCCGUCAUCAUGGGUAACUGUAGAAGACAAGUUGAUUACACGACAAGCUGACACGUCUGUCCCCAUUCUAGAUGUCUCUUAUGCAAUGCGACUGUGUGUAGAGCACGGACUGACAGAAGAAAGCUGUCGUGAGUUGCUAAACUACCUGAACCAGGUAGGAAGCAUUCUGUAUUACUCUCAUGACCCGACUUUAGCAGAAGUUCUCUUUCCUGUACCACCAUUUGUGGUCACUUUACUUAAGGCUGUUUUCAGACAUGAUCACGACUCUUUAGAAUAUGAUGAUCGGUUUAUUGGGGUAGAUAUAGGUCGUCAGAAGUUUAAGGAGAUGAAAAGUGAUCUUGUUUUUAAUGGCAUUGCUAGGAUAUCUAUGCUGCUGGCACUGUGGAGUGAGUUCGAUCUUACUGCAGAUCGUCAUGUUGACGUGUUUAUGAAGCUUUUUCUUGCUCUCGACUUUGGUUAUCUAACUGGCUCAUCAGAUGAUGUAGUUCAGGAACUGGCACACGCUCUGGGAAGACGUCAGAUCACUUUAACUCCGCCAAGUAGCACCAACCCGACAUCAGAUUCGUCUGGUCACACAAUAGAACAAAAUCGUCAUCAAGAGCAAACAGACAGUUGCCAAGUGAUUUCUAAGCUAAAACAACAUAAUGUUGGUUUGUUGUUGCCAUGGUUACUCAAUGAUGAGAAACCAGAGUAUGUUAGUGACCUUUGGCCUCUAGAUAUACCACAAAGAGUCAUACAAGUUGCAGUGGAAUACUCAUUUGCAUAUGAACGUCCAUUGGGUUUGUUUGAACGACUGUCUGCUCGUUGCCAUCGUCACUCCAAUUUUAUUCGUCACUGGAGCAGUGGACUGCUGAUGCGUUAUGGUGCAUGGUAG